AUUGAAACAAAAAUACAAACAUACAUGCAUGUACAAUACAUACACAGACGUGUAUGUAUUUUUAUAUUUUUCAAUUUGAUUAUAAUUAAGAUUAUCUAUGCAAUAGUCAUACAUGGAAUACAUUUAUGUGUUGUAUAUCAAAAUUAUUCUCUCAUUAAAUUACAUUCUGAAUUCUGAAUGUGAGUUUUUUUAUUGUAUUAUAGAAAUGUAAUAAAACAUGUAUGUACUAUGUUUCAUAUAAAUGAAAAACAUUAGAUAAGCAGCGAUUGCAAGUGCUUUUUACAAACAUAUUUUAUGUUAAACAUGAAAACUUAUAUAUUACAUAGCCUUAAGUACUAGUAUUAGUUAAGAUAUUAAUAUUAAGCCAUUGACUUUUUGUUAUUCUUUUUGGGAAAUAUGCGCGUAUCUUUAAUCAGAGUAUGGGUUUAUAAUCGUACAUGAGCUCUUAAUAUACUUUUUCUUAAGAAGUGAUAACAAGCGCUGGAUACAAUGACGCAGUUGUAAAGAAAUCUAUUUGAAAAACAUGGAUAUUUUUAACAUGAUCAAUGUGUCAAUUCAAGUAUCAUCCACAUAUAUGAAUCGCGAUUCAUUUAUCACCGUUGCAAAAAAACGAAGCAAGCGUAAUAUGAACUCGUCGCCUACUCAAUUUCAGUCGUACGAAUGAAGUACUCUUCGCGAGCGUUUCGAACCCAUAUCGGCAAUGACAGUACACAUCAAGUGUCAUACAUAUAUAGUAAUAAAAUAAACUGUCACUAAUUAUCAUCAUGUCAUUUAUGAUAUCGUCUUUAGCAGGAAUAUGCGCUCGAGGAAUAAACAAACAGCUGUUAGCGCACAACGUGCCAAUCUUUAAACAAGUGGUGCGAAAUUUAGAGAUACACGAGCACAUGGCGUACACUUUAUUAAAGAAAGCCGGCAUACCUACUCCACCUUUCGGGGUAGCGAAGACGGCCGAUGAAGUCGUCAAAAUAGUUAAGGAUUUGGAUACUAAGGAUCUCGUACUGAAAGCGCAGAUUUUAGCCGGAGGUAGAGCACUGGGUCAUUUUAAGGAUACUGAUAUCGGUGGCGUUAUAAUGUGCGAAUCACCGGAGCAAGUGAAGGAAUUGGCGAGCAAAAUGAUUGGCAAAGUGCUCAUAACUAAACAAACGGGUGCGGCUGGAAAGAUAUGUAAUUCUGUGAUGGUGACGGCACGCAUGUUUCCACGUAAAGAAUAUUAUAUGGCGGUGAUGCUGGAAACUGCUUUCGAUGGACCCGUAAUAAUUGUUUCCAAACAAGGCGGCGUAAACAUCGAGGAGGUCGCCGCUGCUCAUCCCGAAGCAGUUUCCUAUAUACCGAUUGACAUAAGCAAAGGCUUAACGUGCGAACAAGCGGACUACGCCGCUGAGAAGCUCGGAUUUACGGGACUCAGCAAAGAAAUUGCGUCGAUUGUCGCUUGUAAUCUGUACGAAUUGUUCGUCGAGACGGACGCUUUGCUUCUCGAGGUCAAUCCCUACGCGGAGGAUAUUUGUGGCCAAUAUUAUGCUCUAGAUUGCAAAUGUAAAUUUGACGAUAGCGCCGAUUUCCGACAGAAGGAAUUGUUUGCGAUGAAAGACUGGACUCAGAUGGAUCCGAAGGAAGUCGAAGCGGAAAAACAUAAUUUAAAUUACAUAGCUCUAGAUGGAAAUAUCGGCUGUAUGGUAAACGGCGCUGGUUUAGCUAUGGCCACCAUGGACAUCAUAAAGCUUUUUGGCGGUAUCCCGGCAAAUUUCUUGGACGUCGGAGGUACCGCUACAAUCGAGACCGUGAGGGAGGGUUUCAAAAUAUUAUCUUCUGAUCUGCAUGUGGAAGCUAUUUUAGUAAAUAUCUUUGGUGGCAUAAUGAGAUGCGACAUAAUCGCCCAAGGAAUCAUCGAUGCUUUUAAAGAGUUACAUUUGCAAGUACCUGUAGUUGUACGAUUACAGGGUACUAAUGUUGAUAAAGCUAAACAAUUGAUACUAGAGUCUCAGUUAGAAGUAAUUUCCGUGGAUGGAUUUGCUGAAGCAGCCGAGACAGCGGUCAAGUUAGCAUUGAUUAUGAAUCUGGCGAAGUCUUUGAAUUUAGAUAUUCAUUUCAAUUCUAAAUUAGAUAAAAAAACGAAGAACCCUGAGAAAAGCAAGGAGUAAAACUAUUUUGGAACAGUUUACAAAAUGUUUUAUACUUGUAUAUGUC